CUGGUAAUAGGGAGCCCAAGGUUGAGAAGGGAGAGUGUUGACAUGUUGUGGGGGUUGUUAACCAAUGUCAUAAAACAAUAUGUGUACUAAAUGUUUAAUGAGAAACUAGUUUGUUCUGUAAACCAUCUAAAGUACAAAAAAAAAAAAGCCAUAGUGUCUCAUCAUUCAACGCUUUCUCAGCCUGAUGCAAAGGAAGCUGUCUAUCUACUCCAGGCCCUUCGAUCUUUUGGAAAAUUGCUUAACUCUAUCAAGAUGAGAAUCAAUCCCCAAAAUACUAUAAAGAGACUCCAGGUAUUAAUAUCCUUGGAUUUCCUACAACCUAUGGCACAGACCUUUGUGAUACUAAAGAUCAAACAGGGAGUUGGAAGCACAUAAAAUGAAGAUAUGAGAGGUUAUUUGCAGCUUUUGGAUUAUGCUAAGAGGUAACUGAUGCUGAGGGAAGUAUACUGAGGGUCACCUAGUCACACAGGGAGACAGGGAAAGAGGAAAUUAGAACCGAGGACUCCUGACAACUGAGCUAGUGCUCUUUACAUUGCCCUUUACAUCCUUUCUUGGAUGGGCUCUGGGUAUUUUCAGGAGGGUGGUAUAUUGGGUGUGAAUUUUUGUGGGAUUGGUUAGUUGGAGAAAGAGGGCUGUCAUAUUAAGCAUGGAGUAUGUAUCAGAGAAGUGGGAUAGGCUCUAAUAGAGUUGAACAAAACCUUUUUUUUUUUUAACCUCUUUCUCCUCUACCCCUUUGUCUUCUACACCUUUCCCUUUUCUCUUUCCCUGAACUGUGGAUCUCACAGGUUGGUGCCCAAGAAGAUGAUACUCAAACAAAUGAGUAACUUCUACGUGAGCAGCCUUGGGCUUCUCUUCCUGAUCAACAUUUUCCCAGAAGCAACUGGUCAAGGUGAAUCAAGACGACAAGAACCUGGGGACUUUGUGAAGCAGGAUAUUGGCGGACUCUCUCCUAAACAUGCCCCAGAUAUUCCUGAUGACAGCACUGACAACAUCACUAUCUUUACCAGAAUCUUAGAUCGUCUUCUGGAUGGCUAUGACAACCGGCUGCGACCCGGACUUGGAGAUGCUGUGACUGAAGUCAAGACUGACAUCUAUGUGACCAGUUUUGGCCCCGUGUCAGACACUGACAUGGAGUACACCAUUGAUGUAUUCUUUCGACAGACAUGGCAUGAUGAAAGACUGAAAUUUGAUGGACCCAUGAAGAUCCUACCACUCAACAAUCUCCUGGCUAGUAAGAUCUGGACUCCUGACACCUUCUUCCACAAUGGAAAGAAAUCAGUGGCCCAUAACAUGACCACGCCUAACAAGCUGCUCAGACUGGUGGACAAUGGGACCCUUCUUUACACAAUGAGGUUAACAAUUCAUGCUGAGUGCCCCAUGCAUUUGGAAGAUUUUCCCAUGGAUGUGCAUGCCUGUCCACUGAAGUUUGGAAGCUAUGCCUAUACAACAGCUGAAGUAGUUUAUUCUUGGACUCUUGGGAAGAACAAAUCUGUGGAAGUGGCACAGGACGGCUCUCGCCUGAACCAGUAUGACUUGCUGGGCCAUGUUGUUGGGACAGAAGUAAUCCGGUCUAGUACAGGAGAAUAUGUCGUCAUGACAACUCACUUCCAUCUCAAGCGAAAAAUUGGCUACUUUGUGAUCCAGACCUACCUGCCCUGUAUCAUGACUGUCAUUCUGUCACAGGUGUCUUUCUGGCUCAACAGGGAGUCUGUCCCUGCUCGCACGGUCUUUGGUGUUACGACUGUACUCACCAUGACCACCUUGAGUAUCAGUGCCAGAAAUUCCUUACCUAAAGUGGCAUAUGCGACGGCCAUGGAUUGGUUCAUAGCCGUCUGUUAUGCCUUUGUAUUUUCUGCACUGAUUGAAUUUGCCACCGUCAACUACUUCACCAAGCGGAGUUGGGCUUGGGAAGGCAAGAAGGUGCCAGAGGCCCUGGAUACAAAGAAGAAAACACCAGCAGCUCCAACAAAGAAAAGCAGCAGCACCUUCAACAUCGUGGGGACCACCUAUCCUAUCAACCUGGCCAAGGAUACUGAGUUCUCUGCCAUCUCCAAGGCUGCUGCUGCCAGUGCCUGUUCAACCCCAACAAUUGUUGCUUCACCCAAGACCACCUAUGUGCCAGAAACCCCCACAGAGACCAAGACCUACAACAGUGUCAGCAAGGUUGACAAAAUUUCCCGCAUUAUCUUUCCUGUGCUCUUUGCCAUAUUCAAUCUGGUCUAUUGGGCGACAUACGUCAACCGGGAGUCAGCUAUCAAGGGCAUGAUCCGCAAACAGUAGAAAAUGGUGGCUGCCCAGCAUCCAGAGCACUGUAUACCCUAUGAAGCAUUCAGGCACCUAAACCCCGGGGCUCCCCUUCACGUGUUUCAGGAUUCUUCUUUUUAACCCCCACCAAGCUGUGACUCUCAAAUAUAUUUAUGGAUCUCAAUGAAAAAAAAAGUAACAAGAAAAAAAAAUUGUCCCUCUAAUGUUGCUGAGUAUACUCCCAUCAGGGCCAAACACUGCCAUU